AUGCAAACGACUCUGUCGCCCACGAGCCUUCGAGCCUUUAUUAAGGGCCUAACUUGCAUAGCUCGAUAUGGGGAUGAGCUCUGUCUGCAUGCCACACCCGAAAUACUUACCCUCUGUGCCACCAAUGCCGCCAAAUCUGCAUAUUGUGGCAUGGAAUUCAAAUGCGAAUUCUUCGACUCGUAUCACGUUGGACCGAAAGAUGGGGUGAAUAUGGCUCUGGAAGGCAAGGAGGUCACUACUCUGCUUUCGAUCUUGCGCCACAAAAUAGUCGAGAAGAGUUUAGAAAAGUGCGAGCUGAACAUUGUUGAAGCUGUUGAAGGCAGUACCGCCGAAGACCAAGACCAACUUGAAGAACAGUCUGUAGAGAGCAAACUGGUUAUACGAUUCCAUUGCAAGUUUGGUGUUGUCAAGACUCACAAGUUAUAUCUAAACCAACCGCCAGUAAUCCUCGCGCCUACGUUACCGGAGCAAAGCCUCAGCAGAUUUUCAAUCGGACCACGCGCAAUGAAAGACCUCUUGGACCACUUUGGACGACGGGCGGAUGCUCAGCUGCAAUGGAUGUUUAAAGACGAUGAGGUACGCAUAAGGAGUUUGGAAAGGGACGCAGAUAAUCAAGGAAAACACCAAAUUGCCACAGAGAUAUCGAUACCAGGCGAAGAGUUUGAUUUUUACGAAAUUCUAUAUGCACCCAUAGGCUUGGCCUUCCAUCUCCGAGAAAUUAACGCAUCGAUUGCACUUGCAGAGUCGUUAUCUGUUCCACUUGAGUUUUCAUUCACAGGACCUGGAGGGCCUGUGGUUAUUCAACUCGGGCUCGAUGCUGCUGACCAACUAGCGAUGGUCGCUACCUCCACUGUAACUGGAUUCGGCGCUGAAUAUGAAGAAGCAAUCGCCGCGGCCGUAGCUAAACGACAGAGAGACGAAGAGGACAAUAGCAACCUCGAAAAUGGAAUGAUGAAGAGCAGCGCCGCUUCUAGUCGCACUGGAAUUAUACCCAGUGCCAAACGCCCAAUGGGAAAGUUGUCCAGUGGCCAGAUAGCAUGGAGUACAACACCCAGUGCGAACGCGGGUCCAAGUGGCGCACGCGGAGGUACUCAAAGGCUACAAGGAACUCCAAGUUUUGCUCUUCCAUCAAAGGCGGAACCUACUCAGAACGAACCCACCCCCGUGCCAGUUAACGAGCCAUCUUUUAUUCUGGAUCCCAAGUUCCAAUCAACCCCCCAACCCCAACUCAAGGCUCCAGCUCAGCAGGGGGGACCGUCAUUUGUUCUCCCGCCAAAUGCUCAGUCAACACAACGACCACCGAGCCCACCGUCCUUUAGUCUGGAUCCCAAAGCUCAGUCUACGCUCCACCCAAAGUUUCAAGUACCUUCUCAGGCAUUACCGUCACAGCGACCACAGUCCUCUCCCCUCUUCACACCUCCACCUGCCCGACCGUUAUUCCUACCACCGUCCCAGGCCGAAGUACUGAAGGAGGCUGGCUUGGACGACCUAGCGCGUAUGACUCAAAAGGAACUUGACGAAAUGCUCGGAGAUGAAGAUGAAGAAGUUCCAGGGACGCCCGAAGAAGGACUCGUUAAUAUAAAUGAUUUAGAGGAAUUGUUCAACGAGUCGGACUUUGAUGCGAGCGAGUCGCAAGUGAUUGGAACGCAGGGAGCCAGUGUGGCAAGGAUUGGCAACAAGACUUUCAAGCCACUUUUCGAUGAUGACUGA